AUGCCGUCCAUCUCGUGGCUCGUUAUUCUCGGAGCGCUAUUGUGCGGAUCUGCUUUUGGUGAGUAGGGUGAAGUUAGUAUUAUUACAAGCUUUGUGAAUACUGGAAAACAUUGACCGUUUUUGAGCUUGCUAGAUCUCUGGGUUUUUCCGAUCAGCCAUUAUUGCGGGUCGUCCAGUUUUUAACAUUUUCUGACGUACCAGCUCAUUGUAAAUCUUCUCGCGUGACCUUAAGGUUCAUUUCCCUCAGCAGUGUUAUUAUCUACUCAACAAUUCACGGUGACCCCGUCGAGUUGGCAAGAUUUUUGAUGUACCUCAUUGCGUCCCAGUGAUAUCGUAGUCUAAAGAGCGAAAGGCUUUAAUAACGGUCUAGUUUGAUCAAAGAAUGUUUGAACUAUAAUCAUUCCGUCAUGAUUUGAUGACGCACAUCAAAAUAUGUGUACUAUUAUCUUCUUCAACUAAUUUGGAGCAGAAUUGUUUAAAAGUACACGCACACACUCUCUUUCUUUCUCCCUUCUUUUUGACAUUUCCAAAUGACAUCAUUCUUACUCAUUAUAAUGUCAUAUCGCAGAAAGACCAAAUCUAAUUACAACACUACCUCGUUCAUCUUUGAUCACUUAACUUCGGCUUCCAGUUUUCUAUGCGUUUAGAAAAUCUCAUAAAUAGUUUAGACAAAAAAAGUUACGAAACAUUUAUAUCAUCCACAACGAUAAUUCAAAUUUUCAAUGAUUCAUUAGUUUUUCAAGCGUACCUGAGCACUCGAAAUGUACCCAGACAUGUACAUCGUUGAGUUCGCACAUGACUCACAUAGUCUAAUCACUUUUUCUGUUAUUGCCAAAAAGCAGAGCAAGAAAACAAACCUGAUUAGUCAAUGAUUUUGGCGAAUGAAAAUAUUUCAGCUGGAAAAACAACCAAGGACUGUGUUUUCAACGGAACCAUCUCUGCUCUGGACGACAACUGUACUCGCAUUACUGGCUCGUUGACGUUCUCAGGAGCCGAUGAUAUCAAGGUAAGCGAGAUCGAUGUGAAUGGAUGAUAUCCAUGAAUAUUGUUCAGACUCUCUACUCAAAACUUGCUUACGUGGAGGAAGUCAACGGAUGCAUUCAAGUAACCGGGACUUCUUAUGUUCGUCUCGACUUUUUCGCCCGUCUUCGCUCGCUUUCCUGCAGUAACACAAGUAAUCACUGCAGUGCCGUGACUAUUUCCAAGAAUUCACUUCCGUGUUUUUCAGGCGUCACCAGUGAUUUUAUGAUUGCUAAUAACUCAGCGUUGGAAAGACUCGGAAUGCCAGUUCUCAAGUACUUUGUUGUUUAUCACCAAAAAACCAGUCAAAUGUGUUUAGAGUAAGCCGGCUUGGUCUCACGUUUAACCCCAAAUUAUGCAUCACCAAUGAGGAGGCGGCCAGAUAUACGAAUGUUCAGCGAGGAGCUGCGGAUAACUUCACUAUAUGCCAGGGCAGAGCUGGUAGGUUCAUAAUUAACGGUUUGUCGAGUAGAGACUUUCUAUAAAAUACUUUCUAUAAUAAAUACACGUUUUGUAGUUUAAAAAUCUUUUUGCAAUCAAAGAUACAUAAAUAGACACUUUGGUGCUCUAUUCCUAUUAACCUGAAACUCUGAUAUAAUGUAUUCAGGUGUUCUGAAAGAGUGCAACUCCACUAUGAAUGACGUGAAUGGAGGAUUGCCGGAUGACUGCGAGCUAAUCACCGGCAACUUGUACAUCGAAGGACAGAACAACGCAAACAUCAGCGCAAAACUACAAUAUGUAAAAGAGGUGUACGGAAGAAUUUACGUUAGAUCCACAUCACUGAGCAAUCUGUCUAUUCCUCUUCUCGAAAAGGUCUAUGGUUCGGAAUCUACUUCUUCUACAUGUGAGUAAAAUGUCAAGUAGGUAGUGUCAUGAAACAGUACGACACUUUUCUAGCCUUCGACCCGAACAUUCUCCUCUCGAGCAACACAAAUUUCACCAAAUUGGACGUGCCAAAGAUCAACUUUAUGGCCAUGAACGACUUGUCAUUCAUGACCUACGACGCCUCCUACGUCAUGGAUCAGGAUCUUUGCAAUCGUCUGUCUCCGUACGGAAAUGUAAUGUCGAACGGAACAGUCUGCGGUGGGUCACAUUUGUUAACCUAUCAAUCAUCAAUUAGCUCUUUUGUUUGCAGUUCCAACCAAAAAAUCUCCGGAAAUUGGUGUCUGGCUGUCUAUCGCCGUCUCAUACGUCAUCUUCGGGAGUUUCUGA